UUUAAAAUUAAGUAGGUCACAAUGUUUAAAAUAAAAAAAAAUCACAUGAUCCUUUGUCGUAUCACGUGUGUAUGUUGUUACGGAAAACUUCCUCUUAAUUUUGCGGUUGGUGGACUUCAGUUUUACUAUGACUAUAUAAAGCUUUCGACCAUUCGUGUAUUUAUCAGUUGCUAAAAAAAAAAAUUGGAACUGAUAUUACAUGAUAUAAUCAUGCUAUAUCUUUUGACAUUUAUGUGCUUUAGCGCUGGUUAUUUCAAAUUAGCAGAUUUUAGUUCUUUAAGGACUAACGGUUUGUCUAAUAUUCACGCCUCACCGGUUGAUGAUAGUAAUGUCCUUUUGUUUGAUGAUUCACUGGGGUUAGAACGUCCAUUUGAUGGAAUUGGUGGCUUGAGCGGUGGAGGGGUAAGCUUGCCUACAAAGUGUUUAAGUCUGGUUUCGAUUUACCGGUAUCGAGAAAUCUUAUGUGAAUGAUUUAUGGGUCGCUUUUUUUUUUUUUACAUUUGUGAAAGCAACUUAAAUAUAUAUGUUUUCCUUCCUUAUUAUUAGUUAUUAUUCCAGUUACAUACUCAUACAUCCCUUGAAAUUUAUUUUACUGUGUGCCUGGAAAUGUGACAUUUUUACUGAUAAAUUUUUGAGGCGAUCCAUAAAAAUUAAAUAAAAUCCCCUCCUGCAAUUUGUUUAAAAUUUAAAGUUUUGGUUUGGGAUUCACUCAUUCAGCUAUCAAUGAUGUGUGGCAGUUGAUUUUAUUUUAAAAGGUCUCAAAGUAGUUAACGAGGACAUAUAUCACUUGUAUCAAUUCACAUUAAAUGACAACUGUGAAGAAGAAAGAAACCUAAAAAUAUGCUAUUUAAUUCAUGAUAUGCAUUCUUGCGUGUCCUUUUUGUGUUGUUUUAUGUGCAUGAAAAAUAGAUUUUUGUUUGUUUGAUUAGGCAACUUCAAAACUGCUUGUGAAUUAUCCUCCUACACAGAGAAAUGAAAUUUUAGAUUACUUGUUUAAGGUAAGCGAUGAUUGUCAGAAAUGGGCAUUUAUUAUUAUUUUUUUAUGUUUGUAUCUCAAUUAAGAGAUUGAUACUUGAACAUUUUUAAGCUUAGGCUAUAACAUUAAAUUUUUGUUAAUUAGUAACUAUUUGGAGAAUACAUUUGGUAUUGUAAAUUAAGUUUAAAUUAUCAUUUUAAUAAAUACUUAUUAUCUCUUAAUAUCUUGCAGCCAAACUUUGGGGCUUCUCUUCAAAUCCUUAAGGUUGAAAUAGGUGGAGACAUCCAAAGUACAGGUACUUUUUAUUCUAUUAUUUUGAUUAUUUUAUUAUGUGAUUUUUUUUUUCAUCCUGCUUGAUCAUGUAAAUGAUGAGGUGGGUAAAGACAACUUCUGUCUGUUAAACAAAUAUUUUGAUCCAUAACUUUAUUGUGGUAUAUUUUAAAAAUUAUUCUCUUUAAUAAAGAUGGCACAGAGGCUUCCCAUAUGCACAAUAGCUGGGAUGAGAAUUAUGAGAGAGGGUAUGAGUGGUGGUUAAUGUUGGAGGCCAAAAAGGUGAAUAACAUUCAUUUCAAACUUAAAAGAAGUAACUAUUUUUGUACUAUUUUUUUAAUUCUAACUUAGGAUGUAUGUUCUUUAGUUUGAAACGCCUCUCUUUUUUAUUAAAAUGCUUAGAGAUGUUUUUUGUGUGUUAAAUCUCAGAGAAAUCCAAACAUUAAGCUGUAUGGACUUCCCUGGGGAUUUCCUGCAUGGAUAGGACAAGGAACACAAAAUCCAUAUACUAAUAUAACACUGACAGCUGAUUACAUUGUACGCUGGAUUUCUGGUGCCAAAAAUCGAUACAAUUUAAUCAUUGAUUAUAUUGGGGUAAGAAGCAUACCAAUUACUUUUAAUAAAAUCGUUUAUUAUAUAUAUUAUAUUUAUAGUAGUUUGAUUAACAAUAAUUAAUUGCUAUCAUUUUAUACUCGUGCAUAUUAUUAUUUCAGAUUUGGAAUGAAAGAAACUACAAUAUAGAUUAUAUAAAGGUAUAACUUACAUGUCUAAAUGUCUAUUUACUUAGGUAAUUAUUUUGUGUGGAUACAUUUAGCUAUUAAAUAAAAUUCCUUGCUUUUCAUAUUUUAGAAUGAUUACUUAUUAUCAAACCCAGUUAAUUCCUAAUGGUUUGAUUUUCUACCUGUUAAAACUGAGUAAUAAUGUUUUCAUUUAAUUCUUUCUAUCCUAUAGUGAUAACUAUAUGUAAUUUAUUACUUUGAAAAAUAUUCUAAGACUUUAAGGAAAACACUUGAUGCAAGAGGAUUUCAGAACGUCCUGAUAGUAGCAGCUGAUGGAGGAUGGGACAUAGCAGGGGACAUUGACAAAGAUGCAGAAUUAUCUGGUGUUAUUAGUGCCAUUGGGUAAGGGAUAGAAGAUCAUUUUUCUUAUCUUGCAUGUUAUAACUGAUUAUUAGAGGGUUGAAAAGAGGUAAGCUUAAGUAGAUUAAAACUAAUUAAAAGGAACAAAAUAUUUGUGUAUGUAACAAUACAGUAUGAUUUUUAUGAACCAGAUGAAACAAAAUUUAAUAUGCUGCAGCUACAAGCAUUCAACAUUACAAAAAAGAAAAGAACAUACACCUAAAAAAAAAAAAUUUGAGUGAAUGAAAGGAAAAAGAUAAGAAAAACCUUUUAACUUAAAAGAGGGUACUACAAGUAGAAUAUAACAUAUAAAAUGUUAAAGCUGAUUAAUAAGUGAAUUUUGCAUAUCUUUAUUUAUACAGCUGCAAAGUGAAAAUGAUGUGUCAUUGAAUGAAAAUUUAUUGCUUUAAUUUUUUGAGGACUAUAUUUAACCGCACAUAAUUUUAAAAAAAAGAAAAUAAUGAUGUGAAAAUUUACAUUGUCUUGCAGAUAGGUCUUUCCUCAUUGAUCUAAAAUGAGAAAUCAAAACACAAGAUAUUUUUUUUGUGUGUAAAAUGCUUCUUUUCAUGAAUAUCAUACAAAUAUUUAUUUUUAAAAAGUUUAUCUAAAAUCAUAACCAAACCAUUUCAUUUUGAAAGGUUAAAAACUACUAAACUGAUCUUCAGUUAUCAUUUGACCUAAAUAGACAGUUUUCUUGGCUCCACCCCUUUCUGUCAUCAGUUAAGCAGUUGUUAUAUAUCGGAUGUAUUAAAGUCUUUUCAGAUUUUUUGAAGAGUUACCUUUGCUCAAGCAAGCAGGGAGAAGAUGAAUAAAAUAAUAAUAGUAAUCACACACUAACAAAUAGAACCCUUAAAACAAAAUGUAUGUACUUUUUUGUUUUUGAUUUUUAAAAAUAAAUAAAUACCUCAUAAAGAUCAUUGUUUUAAAUUCAAUAACCCUAAAAACAAAGUUUUUCGUAUAAAUCCUUUAUAAAAUGUAAUAUUGAGCAAAGGGGGGGGGGAGGUGCUGAAAAUUUGACCAAACAUGCAUUCAAGUAGCGCACUUUAUGAGAAUCCUCCCCCAGAUCACAACCGCACAUUUUUUCACAUCCCUGAACAAUAUAAAUAUUCUAAUGACCUACUCACUUUUACACUACAGAUUUAUUUCGUGAACUUUUUCAGAAAAACAAAAGAAAAUAUAACGCACUAAAUGCAUUUGCGAUAUUUAAAACAAAAAGAAUUUCAUUUAGCGCAUUUAUCUGUAAUUUUAUUUCGUGAAAUCAGUGUCAACAUAUUUACUUUAGCCUCCCCUUGAAAAACAGGAAAAACUAAUUUUUGGGGUUGAAAAUUUGUUAUAAUGUUUUGUCAUCUGCAACGAGUCUCUGUGCCAAGUUUCAGCUCAAUAUUUUGAUUUUGCCAACCAGCCACAAUUAAAAGUGAAGUUAAUAUAAAGGAUUUAAAAAUGAUACAGUUCAAUGGCUUAUAACUUUCUACCAUCACACAAUACUGCAUACUUCACUGUCAUUUAUUAUUUUAAUUUUUAUUAAUUGAAUUUAAUUUUUACAAUAUGACAUAAUUUAUUAGAAUUAUAUCAAGCAAUACACAAAGAACUAUCAUUUAUAAAUAGCAUAACAGACUUACUAAAUGGAUUUAUAUGAUUUUAUCAGGACAUUACCUUUUUGUACCCAUUUGGUCAAAAUUUCCUGAUAAAAAAAUGAGGUGAUUGUUCUAAGUGCUGCCUGGUAUCACAGUGUUUAAAUACUGAUAUAUAUUCCAAGGCCACAUUGAACUCAUUAUCACAUUUUUUUUCUUCACUCCCCUUCUGAUAACCUCAACAGCAGUUGUUGACCUUACAACAACAUAAUCAAUGCCAAGUAUUUUAUCUUGUGCUUUUAUCUUUUAAUGCAGAAGUGUUUAUCUUUUAAUAAGAAAUUGGAUACAAAUAUUUUAGAAUCCUUUGGUGACAUUCAUUAGCCUUAAUCUGAAACAUGUAUAUGCAAAUAUUUAAUGUGGAUUGGCAGCAUUCAAAGGCCUAAUCCACAAUUAAUGGGUUUUAUGGGUCAAUUGACAAACCAACAAAAUCCAGAUUUAUAAAUCCUACCCCAUCCACCUCCUACCUCUCCCUAGACUUUGGUUGUCAAAGGCUUACAAUCCAAGGUGGUCAAAGGCUUGUAAUCCAAGGUGCAUCACUCUUCAAAUUUUUAGUAGCCUAAAUACUUUGAUUUCCUUAAGGACCUGCAAGGAAGAUAUUGUCUUUCUCUUUUGUGUACACAUUAUUUUUUCUAUUUUAUAUCAAAUUAGUUUUAAAUGUAAAAGGAACAUAGCCUUAAAAAUACUAAUUAGUAACAACAGCAAAAAAAAAAAAAAAAAAAACAUUUAAAAAAAAAAAAAACAAAAAUAAAAUAAAAAAAAAAAUAAAAAAAAUAUUAUUUUUUCUAUUUUAUAUAAAAUUAGUUUUAAAUGUAAAAGGAACAUAGCCUAAAAAAUACAAAUUAGAAACAAAAGAAAAAAAAAAAAAAAAAUCAACAUUUAAAAAAAAAAAAUCUAGAUUGAAAUGACAACAGCAUUAAAGAAAAGUUGUGAUACAUAUAAAGUCUUGAUUUUUGUUUUUCAGGUGUCAUUAUCCUGGCACUUGGUCAUCACCUGAUGCAUAUAACACAGGGAAAACUCUCUGGGCAUCAGAAGAUUACAGCACAUACAAUGAUGAAAUUGGUGGUGGAUGUUGGGCCCGAGUAAGAUUUAUCAUGUACAAUAUUUACUAUUGCUACCAGCUGUAGGCAAUCUCAAUUUUUUUUUUUUUUUAAAGUUUAAUUUUAAUGAAUUUUUUUCUAAUUUUGACUUCUUACUGAAGUCACAUUAGCAAAAAAUUUAGCAAUUGAUAGGGUAUAUAAGAAGUCUCUUUUCAUAAUAAAUUAUGUUUUAUUCUAUGAAAUUUUUUUUAGCAUUUUGAAGUAAAGUAAAAUAUAAUUUUAAAAUAAUAAACUGACUUGUAUUAUUUGGAGAGUAUAUGUACUUAAAUAUGUCUAAAAAUGAUGUACGGAUGAGGUACGCCUCAAACCUAGAUUUUUGUAUUUUGCAAGAGGUAAGAAUUUAAAAUUAUUACAAAAUAAUUGAAUGCAAAUAAAGUGAUUAUUAAGAACUUGUAAAAAAAUGUUGAAAAGCUUUUCUAAGUCACUAAAUGUCAAUCUUACAAGUGUUAUUUUUGUAUUCUACAGAUUUUAAAUCAAAAUUAUGUAAAUGGAUACAUGACAGCGUAAGUAUUCUAAAAUAGUAAUGUAUUUAUAGCAAACUAUUUAAAUCUGUAAUAUCUGUGUAAGCUAUGCAUUAAAAGAAAGCAUGUAGGCUUUAUUAAUUUAAACAGAUUUUCCUUUGCUCUUACACGAAAAUAGAAAAAAAAUCUUGGUCCUUGUGUAUUCACUCAAAAAUAUGAAACAUUUAGUUUGCCAGGUAUAGCAAGUUAAACAAAAAUUGUUAUUUAUUUUUCUUUUGCACAUAUUUUAUUUUAUUUCCUUUUUUGUGUGAAAAUCAUUCACUUAAAGGAAGUAGAAUAAAGUAUAAAUAAAGAAAUAUGGGUCAUGAUUAAGGGUAAGGAGGAAAGUAUCAGGGAUAAGUGAUGAUGGGCUUAAUUGGGAUAUCAUGGUAUGGGUCAGGGAUAGACGGGGUAAGGGGACGGGAGAGUGGGUGAUUAUGCGAACGUGGAGUGGGGUUAGAGUUGGAAGGUUUGUGUUGAGAAUCAGAGUUUGUAAGUUGAGGUGGUCUUGAUUGGAAAUUAGAUGUGUAUGGAAUCAGGGGGAGCAAUGGGAUUUGCAGGGCAUGAGAGUAUGAAGAUGCAAAACAUAAAUGAUAAAUAAAAUUCUAGCAUUAUAGUUAAAUUCAUUUUUUGGGCAACCAUUCCCCCCCCCCCCUCUCUCUUUCAUGUCUAUUUGAAUUUAACCCUAACUACUAAUAAUAACAAUCACAAUAUGUAAAUUACAUUUCUGUUCAGGACAAUAUCUUGGGACCUCAUUGGCAGCUACUAUGAUGGCCUACCUUACUAUAGAGAUGGUCUUAUGACUGCAGUUCAGCCAUGGUCUGGCAAUUAUAUGGUUAAUACUCCGAUUUGGAUUACUGGUAAAUAAUUUAUUACUCAGGUAUUACAUCAGUGGCUUUUAUAAACUCAUUUAAUCUAUUCAAACAAAUGAAAUCCAUGUGUGACAUUUAGUGACAUAUACUUAAUUGAUAUUUCAAGAAAAUAGUAAGCUAAUAAAUUUCAGUUUUAAAUAAAUAAUAGCUUUUAUUUAUAGCAUACUGUUUGUGUCUCUCUAUUAAUUAAAUUGUUUUGUUCAAUUUGCCCAUAAAUUUAAAUUUAGUUUAAAAGUUUCAGUCUUAAGUCUUUAUAAAAAGAUAAUUCCACUCAAAUAAUAUUGCUCUUUAUCUUUUUUUUCCAGCUCACACAACCCAGUUUACAUCAGUUGGGUGGAGAUACUUGAAACAUGGCAGUGGAGUUGGGUUGCUACCUAAGGGUGGAUCUUAUGUAGGUCUGCUUAGUCCAGAUGGCAAUCAGAUGACUAUUGUUAUUGAAACUAUGGUAAACCUUUAUUUUUCUUUCAAUAUAAAUGUUGUAAUUUAAUCUCUCUUAAAUUUUGGAAUAUUGAUGAUGAGGUUUUCAUUAAAAAAAAAUAAAUUACCUUGUAAUUACUUCUGUAUAUAGAUCAGUAAUGAGAAUUUUUAUGCUAAAUUGUGUUAGAAUUGUUCAUGCCUAGAUUAUGAUCAUUUAAAAGGAGGUCAUAAAUGGUAGUAUAGAUACAAAGGAAUUUAUUUUCUUAAAUCUACAAGAAAAAAAAAUUCAUAUCCCAGACAUAGACAGUAAUGUUUUGUACAUUUGUAGGUGCUACGAAAGUUUGACAAGACAACCUCCAAAAUGAUAUUUCAAAUUUAAUCCCUCUUUCACAUACUCUCAAAAAUUUAACUCAAAUUUUUAAAAACUUUUGGAUUAUAGUAAUUAGUUUUUUUUAAACCCAUAAAUUUGAAUCUCACAGACACAUGACCAUUCAGUCUGCAUUCGACCUGGUCUUCCUUGGUAUGAUGUUCACCCACAAAUAGUAACUCUCACUCUCAAGGGCAGUUUUGUGAGUAAAAAUAGUCAGAAUGUUGCCAAUUAUUAGAUAAGGAAUAUAUGAUAUAUAACAGCAAACUAUUUAUUUUAAGGUGAAAUUUUACUAUGCUUUAAUGUAGAGUUUCCUGAAUUCUUUUUGAAAAAGUUCUUUUUGUGAUGUAAAAUGUGUGUCAUGUUCAAUUUUUAAAGACUAAAAAAAAGUCUUUCUACUUGAUACAAUAUUAGAAAUAUAUACCAAAAACAAAAGUUAUCCUACACACAGUUUUCAGAGAAGGAAGAAUCAGUUCAUAUAACAUAUAUAUAUAUAAAGAUAUAAUUUAUCUAAUCAAGUGAAUUUCCAAUGCUAUUUUUAUUGUUAAUACUUUUAUUAAUUGUUUUCAUUAGUUUUUUCUGAGCUUGACCUGCCACAUAAUUACAAUAUUACUUUCAAGGAACUAUUUAACUCUCAAUUCUAAAAAGCAAAUUCAACUAACUUCAAAAUGUUUGUUGUCCAUCUCCAGUCUAGAUUCACUGAGAUGAAUGUCUGGUACAGCAAACUGGGUUUUAAUGGGGCACCAGAUGUCAUGUUUCAAAGCCUUGGUCCUAUAAAGGUUAAACUGCUGUAAUUUGGUCAUUUCCUAGCAAGCAAAGUUUUAAAGAUUACACAUAUUUUAAUAAAUAAGUUGUAAUUGUAUAUUACUGGGGAGACAUGAUAUAAGAUAAGUAAGUUAUUUACCUGGUACAAAUAUAGCUUUCUUAAUAUGAAAUAGGAUUUUAAAUCUUUAUUCAUUUUAUUCUACAGUUUAUUGAUGGUAAAGCUACUAUAAAUUUAGGUUUGGAUGAAGUGUAUACAUUUACAACUGUGGCUGGAGGGCUGAAGGGUUCAUACCCAGAUCCCCCUCCACUUAGUCCUUUUCCUCUUCCUUAUAUUGAUGACUUUGAAGGUAAAGGCUAGACUAUAUUAUACAUUUUUUCACUUUAAAUUAUCAUUUUUUAACAUUGAAUUUUAUGAAUAUGAUGAAAUCAUGGAGACUUUGGUUUGGGAAUCAUGCAAAUCACCAUUAAAAAAUAUUGACUCAGCUUACAUGUUUUAUUUUAACUUCAGUUGAUUUCCUUAAAAAAUGAAUCUUUAUGUUUUAUUUUUGCCAUUUAAAAUGUUUAUUGUUUAGUAAGGUAUCUUUUUAACCUCCGCUGCACUGGCUUGCUAAACUAAACAAAGGAUUGUGAUUGGCCAAAAUUGUGCAUGCUAGGACUAUAGUAAACCAUAUACCCUUUUUCUUGCAUCCUGAAAAAAUAACACCUUUAAAGUUUAUUAAUUAGUAUGUAAAAGAAAAUGGAACCACGUAGUGAAUAUUUCAAAUGUGAAAGAAAUUUGUGUCUUAAUUGUGAAACUUAUUACUUAUGUUUUUUUUUAAAAUCAGAUCUUUACUUUGUAUAUAAUUUCAGUGUUCGUUAAUUAUAAAUGUUUCUUAUUCUUCAAUGAUAACUGAUAUAAUAAAAGAGCUAAACAGAAACAUUUUUAAAGUAACAUUUAAUCCUCUUUUUUUACAUCUCAGCAGCAAUAACUUAAUUGAAAAUAUGUUACUUUUACUUUUCUAUAUGGUCAAAAUAUUAAAGUUGCAUGAUUUUUUUCUUAUCAAUGAAAUUUUUCUUGCUCGAUGUGGUGAUGGAUUUUUAUAGAAAACACUUAAAACCUUAAUUUCCACUGUAGGUUAUGCUCUGUACCAGGAACCAAAUAAUCUAGCUCAGCAAACAGGAGCUUAUGAGGUUAUCAGUGAUGGCCAGAACCAAUUUGUUAGACAGAUGGUUCUGAACAAUCCUGUUGCAUGGUGUGAUGCUGACUUGCACAAUAAGUCUAUUAAUGUUAUUGGUGAUGACUCUUGGUAAGAUAUUAGAGAUUUCUGUAAGCAUUUCCCCAUUUACUGUUUUGGCUUCGUCCAUCAUGUUGCAUUGAUUCUGUAGGACGACUGAAAGAAAUAGUUUUGAAAAUCUGUGGUAUAUCUUAAUGGGAUGAAAGACUUUGACUUGGUAUGCUCGUAUGUAGUUUUAUAUUGUUGAGUCUGUUUUUUAAAUGUGGUAAAUUUUAGAUUGGUUUUUAGUUUCUCUUUUUAAUACCGUUGACUUUGUGCAGCGCUUUGAGCUUUUGGGGAUGAAGCGUUUUUUUUAAAAUAAGCUUUAUUAUUAUUAUUAUUAUCUUAUUUUGAUUAUAAUAAUGUUUACUUUUAACCAAAAGCUAUCAAUACUUCAAAAAAUAGAUUUUAAAUAUGAAAGACCUUUCUACCAGUGUAGAUGGAAUUUCAUAAUUAUUUUCAUUCUGUAAAUUGAUUCAGUUAAGAAAUAAUUGACUUUCUAAGUUAAACACACACACAAAACAGUACAUCAGUAAGCUUAGUACUUUGUGCUAUUCACAAGAUUUUAAUCUGGCUUGUUUGAUAACUACCUUGUUCGGUAAUUUUGUUUCUUAAGCUUCAUUUAUUGAACUAUUUUUUCCAUAGAAUGUAAAUUUAACUUGCCCUGCCAUCUCUAUGGAAAAAAAAAAAAAAAAAAAAAAAAAAAAAUUUAAUGAAUUUUUUUAAUACUUGCUUGAGUAUUAGUGUUCUAUUCGUAAUUUUAAGGUUGAAAUUGUGCACAGAUUACCAUAUUAUUUGAAGUACUAUUUAAUUUUAAAACUGUAUUUGAGUGAUUAUAAAGUACCAACUAGAGAAAUUUUAACAAGUAUUUUGUUGUCUUCAAAAAAGCUAAUUUUUAACCUCUAUUUUUACUUUUAGGGUAUCUUUUAUGUAAUGUAUCAAUAUUCUUGCAAAAUGAUAUUUUGUAACAUUAAUUUAAAAACUAUUUUAAGGACCAGUGCAGGAAGACUACUUAAAAUUAAUUAAAUAAUUAACUAGCUUUUAGAAUUUGUAUAUUUUAACUACUUAAUGUUCAGCUCUGAUAACAAAGUGGACAUAAUAAACAUUCUUUUAACAUUGAUCAUUUAUUUAUAUUUCUAAAAUAAAUGUUUAGCACCACAGCUUAUUUUAAAAACUUGCAUCUUAUAAAAUAUAUGCAAAUACUUAAAUUAACAAAGAAUCUUACACAUUCAUAUUGGCAGACCCUAACCAUUUGAGAUAUGAUUUUUAUUAACAAAAUUUUAUGAAUAAAAGAAUGAAAUGUUUUUCUAAUGUAUUUCCCUGAACUUUCUUUCAGGACUGAUUUGUUUGUGCAGGUUAGCUUUAGAAUCCCAAAUGUGAAUGGCUCCAGUGGUGUUUUUGUCGCUGCCAGAGUGGACCAAGGUGGAUGUGGGGCUAAUUCAGCUAAAGGAAUUUAUUUCUUUGCUUUGCAGGAUGGCACUUACCAAUUAUCAAAUGACUUUUGUAAGUUAAACGUUUCUUCUUAAGAUGUCUGUUGAUUUUGGUUUCAUCUGAUACAAAUAACCAAACGCAGAAAAUCCAUAGUAAUAUACUGACCUCUCUACGCUGGUAAUUUAUAACGAUGAAGGUCUUGAGAAUUUUAUCAACAACAGUAUAAGUCCAGUGUAAUUGUGUAAUGACUAUCUUAAACUGGAUCUUACUUUUGUAGGAUACCAAAAAAAUUAAAAACUGAAAAUUUUAAGGUGGAUAUCUAAGAAUAUAAUUUAACUUGGAUUCAGUUGGACACUAAAGACUUGAUUUAUUGAAAUACCAAUAAACCACAAGGUAUUGUGAUCUUAAAUAUGUGUAUUUGUGCAUUACUGCUCUUGGUGAUUGAAACUUCUUUCUAUAUACAAAAAAGAAAAAGUUGUGCAUAAUUGCGCAGUAUGCAUACCUAAACAUAAAUAAGCCACUAACUGUGGAAUAUGUAUCUAAUCAACAGUAAGAACUAAAAUAUUACAGCAAGGUUCAUUGUCACAAGAUCCAGGUUGGCACACUUUGUCUCUCUUUAUUCAGGUACGUUGUGAUGGAGACCUUGAGAUUUUCUACAUAUUGAUUUCCAUUUAGCACCUUCUUAAAGUAUUGAGCUAUAACUUUACUUUCAAAGCAAUUCUUUUAAAUUAAGAGAAUCUUUGGUUGAAUAAUAUUAGAAAAUUAUUGUUUAUGUUAUUCUAUGGUAUUGUACCAUAGACUUUAAAACCACUCACAUUUAAAGAGAAUCGAUGAUAGGAAAAGCUUAACAGAAUUUUUUUUUAAUGUUAAUGUUUAAUUUUUUAAAAUUUUUUACAUUUUCAAAUCUCUUAUUUUAAAAUCAUGUUUUUAUUUGUAUGCAUUAUUCAUGCCUCUUAAAAUAAAUUUGCUCAUUUUCUUAAAAUAGGGGCCCAGUGCUCUCGGGGCAUUAGAUGGGAGUGCAGUGUUUAAUGUUACCAUUCCAACUUCACCAGCCAAAGGCUUUGCCGCUAUAGGAACAGACAGUUAUGGACUUGCAGAUUUUGAUGAUCUCUAUUUAGCCUCGGUUAGUGACGGCAUGGCUGCCAUGCAGAAAAUCUUCAGUCAAGCUAAAUCACAGCCUCUUUUAUUUGUGCAAGAACAAAAGUAAAAUAUUAGUAGCUAAAUGUUUACUCAAUUAUUUCAUCUGCUUCAUUCCCGCUUCUUUAUCCUUAAUUGUUAUUUACACAUUUUUAAAAGAACAAACUUAACCAAUUGAUGUUAAUAAAUGUAAUCACACUUAAAUUAGCCGACAUGAUCAGCAAUAAAGGGAAAUAACUACACAAGAAUGGUAGUCAUUUUUUUUUUCAUUAAUUUCUUUUUAAGGGUGUACUGUUUUGUUUUAAUAAAGAUUUGUAUUAUAAAUAUUGUUAUGGUCUUUAAAAUAAACAACCCCUAAAAACAAGGUUUUUCAUAUAAAUCCUUUAUAUGCAUUUUUGUUUGCAUUUAUGUAACUGUACAUUCUUUAUAAUUUUUCAUAAAGGGGUUAUGAAAAUGGGUCAACUUCUGGUGAAAACAUGUUACAUAUUUCCUUCAUUUUCCCCUUCAGAAAUAGUUUUAUUUUUACUGCAUAUCCAAAUAUGUCACAAAUGCAAAGCACAUGGUAACAGCUACACAAUUAA